UCCGUUUCUGUAUCGCUAUACCGCCUUCGCCUAUGUCUGUAACGGUCGCGUCUGCUCUGUCUUGCUCUGUAUCUUCUUCGCCGUGUCCUUGAAGGGUAGAUGGUGCCCCCGUCUGAAACAGAAUCAUCACUCUCACUCCCACUCUCACUCCACUCUUCGCUCUCAUCUUCACUCUCCUCACUCUCUUCUCUCUUUUUCCUCCCUUUACCCCUCUCUUUCUUCCCCCUACCUUUGCCUUUCAUAGCUCUCAUCUUCUCCUCCAACUUCCUCUCCUUAUCCCCCUCUAUCCUCGCCUUCUCCCGCUCCUCAAUCUCCUUCUUCUUUUCCACAUCCGCUCGGACCUUUUUGCGGUGCCGCCACCAGAGCCAGACACCUACUGAAACAGCGAGCACGGAACCGAGGAUGAGCGCCAGGAGCUGCCACCAUGAUAGAUGGGUCGAUGCCUCGGCUUGGGCGAGGAUACUGCUGGAUGUGGCUUCUCCUGCGGAAGAGGUGGGGGUGGAAGAGGAGGUUACGGUGACGUAGACUCGGGGGGAG